AUGGCUCCCUCUGGCCAGAAUCGCCCCCGCGAAGGGGGCAGAGGCCGAGGCCGCGAUGCGAGCGGUCGAGGCGGCCGCGGCCGCGGCGAACGCGGCCGUAACCCCGGUAGAGGCGAUGGUAGCAUCGGCGGCGCCGCAGCCGCCGCCCGAUGCCGGCCACCCCCGGCCGGGGAGAUACCCGACUUCGACGGGGGCUUCGUCUUCGUCGCUCGAGAGACGAUCGCCAAAGAGGCUUUCGACAAGCGCCUGAUUGGCAUGGGCGAGGAUGGCGCGUUCAUCCUCGAGAACGACGUCGCAUCCACCAACACCGCCGUGUUCAUCUGCACCGUCAACGACGACGGCGCGGACCACCGGGUGAUGCUCGACGUCUUCAAGCCCAAGCGUCGCGCGGGCGCCCCCGAGGGCGCCGUGUUCUCGCGCGCCGCCAACAGCGAACCCAUCGACCCGACCGCAUUCACGCGGUCCCAACGCGGCAUGCCCGCGCAGAUCAAGGUGCGACCGUGGCCCAUGGGUUCCUCCAGGGGUGCCGUCAGGGGUGCCGUCAGGGGUGCCGACGCGACGACGCUCGGUCUCCACCGAUACCUCCCCGCGCGUUUGUUCGGCAGGUACCUCGGCGCUCGCUUAGCCGCAAGGCUCGUGGACGAGGGCGCCGAUGAGAUGCCGGUGGUCCUCGACGCAGCCGAGGCGCGUGAACUGGCGUGGGCGCUCGUGCAGGCGACCGGUCGCGACGCCUCCAGGGCGACGGACCGCGCGACGGGGGGUGCCACCGCGGUGCCCGCGACGGGUCCCGGGGAGAUCGCCGUGAAGGUUCGCCAGAGGGAGAAGAGGGACCAUCCGGAGGUUGGCGGCGGCACAGCUGGCGGACGAACCGUCACCGUCGCGAGAGACGGGAGGUUGGUCCAGGUGCCCGUGUUACGGAUCGCGCCCGCGCAACUCUCGCAGCAAAAGGUCACGACCGACCUCGAUAUCGCCCUCGACAUAAAACGGGACGACGCCGCGCGGAUCGCCGCGCUCAAAGCCGUAGGCGUCGCGUGCCAAGGCGCGGGGGGACCGGGCAUGUUUCGAGACGGCUACGACUGGGACGCGAAUUUUGUAUCCGAGACAAAGUUUGAGAAGCUGGCCAAGGGACUCCGCUCGCUGGAACACGAUCGCGUGCGUGAGAUCAGGACCCUCGCGCCCGCGGUGUUGGGAACUGCGGCGUGCGCUUACAUUCGCGGCUACGCGGCGGCGCACUCCUACAAGUACCACUCCGACAGGCUGAGCGUGCCGCACGGAAAAUCGCUUUUCCCGAUGAGUGGAAAAGUCAAACCACCGAAUCCAUCCGAUAAAAAAGCCUGGAAACGCUUUGUCGAUGAAGAAUACACGCCGGCUCGAAACGCCGUGUGGGAGAGGGAACGACGGGUCAGGGAGGGCGAGAUACCGGGCGACUCUACCACCUUUCGGGACUUCGAUAUGCAAUUCUUCGAAAUCAUGUUCGUCACCAUCGCAGAGCCAGUCGACACGGGUUCAGGGCCAGCCGAAUGUCGGGAUGCCGAAGAGAUGAAGAUGGAGGUGGAGCAAAAGGAAUUUGCCAUCGAAGCAGUGUGUGCCUGUCUCGCGCCGCUCAUGGACGCGAUCCUCGAUGCUAAGGUGGCGGUAGAUGUGGACGGCGAUGACGCCUCCAUCGUGCGGCAUUCCAAUAUGCUGCAUAUCCUUUGGCAGCGCAUACCACCCCUGCUCGAGUCAUGCGUGUCAAUGUUGAACGAUCCUCACGUGGAUGAGGAUAUGUUGCUGCCGAUGUUCAGGCUGUUUUCCAUUCUGACUAGAGACCUCACGAUAAAAUCGCUUUUCCUGGACGACGUUUCCGCGAGGUGGACGGAAGAAGGCUCGCUACCCGCGGGUGACACGUCAAAAACUUUUCCGUCGAUGCGCAUCAAUGUCGCGGCAAAAGAGUUUGACUUGCCGUGGCGGCAUAGACAUGCAGUCACGUUUGAAGAUUUUGUCGAUGCGAUCGUCCCUUUGGCAUGCUGUCAUCGCCGUGACGGUUCUCGUGGGUUUAACUGUUGGGUCGAGGCGUGUGAACUACUCUCCAAAUUCAAGCACAAGUGGAACCGUCCGACAAGCACCCAACGCGCUCACCAUCGUAAACUGCUGCAUCGGCUGAUGCAGUACUGCAUCGAGCCAGACGAACUACAAUAUGGAUGCACUGCUAUUGAUCCCGAUCCGAUUGCUGUCGCUCAUUGCUUCCGAUCUUGCAUGGGCGAUAUCUGCGAAACUGCUUGGGAGGAAGCGACGUCUCUUGCAUAUGCCCUGAUGUCACACGCUGUUCGUCUCAAAAUUUACAAUGAGAUAGAGUGCAGCGAAGAUCGAGAGAUCCUAUAUCGUCGAUCUAACAGGUGGCUUGUCUCAAGCUCACGCGCGACUUGUCAGGCGAUUAACAGGUGUUAUCCGGAUUAUGAUGUCUUCUGGGGAAUUUUCAUAAUGCUAGGAAGCCUUCUCGUCAGACUUCUGAACGGAUCAGGAUGCUCAGGAGAUAAGCUCGCACAGUUGGAGAAGGCGACUUUGAAGGAAAAGCAAACGGCGAUGAAAACUGUCGCGGAUAAAUGGGAAUUUUUGCAAGGGCAAUGUGUCGAAGUCGCAAACAGCUUCGUGUAUCAUACUUUCCCGAGCUUCAUAAACUCAUACUGUGGUACAAAUGAAAUGGACUCACCGGAAACGCACGUGCAGACAAUUUAUGCUAGUCUUGAAGGCAUGCUUGCUUGCCUAAGAUUUCACAACCCUGACCUUGAAAACAUCGACCUCGACAGCGAACCAGAGCUCCCUUUUCAUCUCGGUGAAGGUGUUUUUCGGACUGUGCGUUGGGUUUCACAAAGUAACGAUCCUGAGACUGCACUGUGUGGUAAAAUGGCAUAUUUGGAAGCAGCGAAAAGCUCCAACGUCGCUGUCCGCUUCAUCGUUUCGCGAGCAUCAAGGAUUUUAUUUGAAUCCGAUCUCGCUUUAAUCAAGACGAGCCUUGAGAAGAAAAACACAAGAACAUCGAUUGCAGUUAUAGAAGCGUUGGUACGCGCCGUCGAUCUCGAUCUCGAUGUGUUCCUCUGCUUAUGGAACGGAUCAGGCGGGACAAAAAUCGAUCACAGAGUCAGGUCGGAGAUUGCGCGUUUGCUUUAUUCCCGCCUGGCUCCCGGGGAGUUGCUUCAUGACCGCCUGGCUCCCGAGCAGAUCAUCAAGAGCCAUCCAGUGCUAAAACCCUUAAUUGACAAGUUCAUCACUCUGAAGUGGAAGAUUGAUCUAUUUGACACCGCUGAAUUCGAUUUCGACUCAAAGGCGGAGGCCCUACUGCUGCCGGCUUUGGAUCCAGACACCGCGGAUGGUAAGACCCUCACAGCACUUCGGACGCUCCUCGAGGACAAGGCAUCGGCUAAGGUUUACAUGCACAAAUCGGAGAAGAUUUUCGAUAAGGUGCGCGAACUUGCAGAGGAAUGCAAGGACCCAGAAGUUCGCAUCGCAGCCGCCGAGCUUCUGGUGGAUCCCGUGAUCAUUCCCCCUGAUGACUGGAAUGCGGAAGUUCGCAUCAUCUGGAACGUGCACCGAACGGCGUUGAGAUGCAUCGGCGACAAGGUGAAGAUGGUCCGAGAUAAGUGGGCUGCGGCGCUGCCUGGACUUUCGCUUGCAGCUGCCUGGAGAACGGGCAAGAACCUAUGCGACACACCGCAAUGGGUGACAAGCUUCGCGCUCGCGGCCAGGCGCGCCAAUUUUCAGUCGGCUGACCUGAAAAGUAUCUUGGACGCGCUCAUGAGCAAGGACAUGACCAAGGUGGCUCCCGCAACUAUCCGGAAGAUGCUCGAUCGAGCGGUGAAGGUUGCGCCGCCGCCAACGCGCCAGGAUCCAGUGGCGGCAUCGCUCACGUCGGUUGGCGGAACACUUCUGAACGCCGCCGCUGCGGACAGGGCCGAGAUGCGAGGCGCUGUUGAGACGCCGGCGGUGAGAAUAUCGGAACCCGCGCCGAUGGAUGUGGACUCCGAGAAGGACUCGGACUCAUCGAUCGAUCUCAACGCAAUCUCCAUCAACGAUGACGCGGUGAUGUGGUGGGCCGUGCAGGAGACUGCGCGGCAGUGCGUCAGCGCGAGGCUCCGCACACACUAUGGCAACGCCUCCGAGACGCUUUCAGUCAUCGAGCAAAGCCUUCGAGAAGUGCGGCACGCCAAGACGCCGACGGUCGCGGGUGCCAAAAACGUACCGCGGACAAAUGCGCACAGCAUGACGGGCACGUGGCUCCUCUUGGAGUUCGUUCAGGCUCUCGAGCGUCAGAUGUACAAUGCCUACGAGGGUACACUCAGCUUACCGCCUCCCGGCAAGUCGGCGGCGAGCUUCUUCAGGCUCAACAAGCAGAUCUGCGUUGACUGGCUGCGGCGCAUCAAAGAAGCCUCGCUGGGUGCCGCGAAGAGCUGCGGCAACGUCGCUGUGGGCGCAAACAUCGCGUUAUCGCGAGUCCAAGGCGCCUUCAAGACGCUAGAGCGCCGCGUGGAGAAGGCUGCAAGACGGCGGGCUGAGGCUCCCGCUCGACAUCUUGAGCUGAAAAACGCUCUCAGCGAGGCAAAUGUCCGGCUCGGCAAGGCUCACAAGCGCCACGGGCUGGUUGCCGCGAGGUUGGAGCGCGCGAGGCAGCUGGUGUCGGAGCGGAUGAAUGCAAACAGGUCGAGGCAAGAGAUCGACAAAGCCAGAGAGAAGGUUGAUGAGCUGAGGGAAGAGGUCAAGGAUACGAAGGAGGACCGCGAGAAGCUGUACCGCGAGAAGAGUGAAGCUCAGGACAAGUUGAAAAACUUUGAGCGGAAGUCCGCUGGGGAGGAAACCGACUCCGAGAAGGACGCUGUGGCUUUUGUCUUCCGCGCGAUUAGCGACGCCGUAUCGCUGUUGGUGUCGUUUGGUGAGCCAGACCUGCUGAUAGGCCUGGCGGACUGGUGUGAGCCCCGAUUGAGGUCUGCGGGCCUGGAUGGCUGGCUCCCAACUUCCCAUGAUACAACCUCCGACGAUGCGUUCAGCAAGAAGGCUGAGGGCCUCCUCGAUUGGGUCCGCGCAGCUGCGCUUGAGGCGGAUGGACGUCACGAGGAGGCUGCUGAGAGAUACCGACAGUUGCUCAAGACUCCUGUCAAGAUUGAAUCCGCCUCUGUGCGUGCAGUGGCGAAGCGCCUGACGCAUGCCUACGCCUCCGUGUGCGACUGGGAUGGUCUCGACGAUUGGCGAAAAGAUCUUCGCAACAUUCAGCAAGACGCCGAUAAGGCGGGAUCCAACGAGUUGACCUCGGCGCUCAAGGAUGUCGAUGUGAAACCGGAGUUACUCGGAGCCUGGGCAAAUUUUGAUCGGUAUCAGUUUGCAAGUGACUGCAAAUCACUUCUAAACGUCCCUAUUAGGAUUUCCGAGAAGCCCCCCGCUUCACCGAUGGAGGUUGUCGAUGUUCUCAAUCACGCGACUCAGCGUCAUCUUGAGGAGCUGUUCGUGCGCAAUCCUCUCAGAGACCCACCUGAGAGGAUUGCCGACACCAGGAAACAGUUGCAGACGGCGAUGAAGAAAAUGCAGGAGCCAAUGCGGCUGUCCAACCUGAUGGGUUCGCCUGGGGUGACUGAGACUCUGCACCUUGAACUUGCCACCGCCGACUUAGUUUGCGCAGCAAAGCUCGACCAGUAUCAACGUCUCUUCGGGGCCUCUCCAAAAUCCCACGGGGCUGUCCAGCGUCAAGCUGCGUGGAUCAAGCUUUGCAGGGUGCUGAAUUCUCUUAGUCUCAAGAACGGCGAUGACUGGUCGCGGACUGCCCUUUUGCAGAUCCCUUUCGCAUCAACGGACGACUCGCCCUCGGCCAGACUCCUUAUGGAAAUCCUCUCUUGUGCUGAAAAACGGGGAAACUCGAAAGUUGUCUGCAAAAUCCUAUGUCAAAUUGAAGGGUCACGAGACCCUCAGAGUAGUGCUCAGCUUGAUCUGGAAUCCGCUUGGUUGAGAAGUUAUCCGCUUGAGAAGUUAUUUGAUGACAGCGAGUUCAUUGAACACGUGUUCAAGAAACAUUCUCUCUCUUCAAAGUUCGAAGAUAUCAAGAAAGCCAGUUUCAGCAGGACUCGGUCUCACGAUCUGUACGAAAGCCUCGUCAAGCAGAGCGCGGUGGAUCUUGAUGCGCAAUUGGCACGCCACGAAAAGAUCUUGAAAGACAUACAAGGGAGAACUGAUACUGACAGACUGAGACAUCACAUCCAGGUCAUGAAAGACUUGAUUCCCCUCAAGAGACGAGAGGACGAGAUUGACAGAGAGCGCGCCCGAAUUUUGCACAAUCCUGAAGAACACUUGCCAGCAGGACUGCGGCAAAACGUGGAGCCGAGGAGGGGUGCUCUUCUCAAGAAGGUGGCUGAUUGGGAUCUGUUUGGUGAUCGUCACGAUGAAAACGCGAAAGUGUGGCUCGAGUACGCCAGAUUCUUUGACGAUUUCUAUCGACGCGACAUAGACGAUCCGAACGAUCCGAACAAUCCGAACGAUCCGAACGAUCCGAACGAUCCCGCACCCUGGGGUCCAAAACGCCGCGACAGACAUCCAAUCUCAGCGGCGGGUGUCGAGGACAUUGACGGAGUUUGCGGCGAGCCGACUCCAAUCGACCGCGGUGCGGAUGUGAAGGAAGUCACGCACCUUCUCGAGGUUGCCAACGCCUAUGCGCAGUAUCUCGUCAGAAACAAAUCCCUCGAUAGAGACACGGAGUUGGAUCGGCAUCAUGCCAUGGUACGUCUCCUCGACCUGGCAACCAGUCAACAAAUUGGUGAGAGGGACGAAAUGACCAAGAUCUUUCAGGAAAUCCCAACGCUGACUUUCGGUGACUUCAUUCCUGAGCUGAUUAACCUACUCCACUCGGACGUCCGAACGGUUCGGGAAAAUGUCACGGCUGUGCUGGUGCGCGUAGCCAAGGAAAUCCCGCGUGCAUUGUCCUACGCCAUCGCGGUGGAAGCUGCGGCGGCGGAUGAUGAGGCAGAUGCAGCCAACGAACUCGCCAUGAGUACCGAGGAUAUCCCAGAGGCUCUUGCCGCGGUGCGCGAGCGCUUUGCCAGCGCAUCUCGCGCGCUCGAGGCCAUCGGCAGGAUCAAGUCGGUCCUGAACAUCCGCCAUCCGCGACUGUUCGCAGACGUCACGCUCAUGGUGUCGGAACUCGGGCGCCUGGCGGUUUUGCACGAUGAGGAGUUGCUGACGUCGCUGCAGGAACUCCACGGCGACGUGACCCGACGAAUCGCCUCGAUACCCGAGUCCUCGGAGACCCUCGGAGACUCGCCGGAGACUCUGGAGCUGGUGAUGCGCCCCGCGGUGGUCGAGCUCGAUCGACUCGUCCGCGAGGCUCUCUCCGGAACCGGGUUUGUCACCCCCCACGUCAAGUCUUUCGCCAGAAAAUACCGCGACGGCUUGCUAGACGCCGCGGAUCAGUUCAGAAGGUCCAUCGCAUCCGACCCGUCCGCGGGUUGGCGCGCGGUGAAAGAGCAGAUGGUGCAUCUCGCGCGCGGUCUGGAGCGCAAACGCGAGCUGAGACUGAAGAACCUGUCCCCGUCGCUCGCGAAACUGGGCACUCGCGCCGGCGGUUUCACGGCGCCGAUGCCCGUGGGCUACGGCGUCGACAUCGUCUCCGUCGGCUCCGACGUCACCGUGCUCCCGACCAAGUCUCGCCCCAAGCGCAUCACCCUCCUCGGCUCCGACGGCGAUCUCCGGAUGUUUCUGCUCAAGGGGAACGAGGACCUCAGGCUGGACGCGAGACUUAUGCGAUUCGGCGAAAUCGUCAACGCCGCGCUCUUCUCCGACGAAGAGGCGCGGCGGCGGCGGCUGAGGUAUUCCACGUACUCGGUGACGCCGCUCGCGGGGAACAGCGGGCUCAUCCAAUGGGUGCAGAACGCGACGCCGAUGUCCGCCGUCUUUGCGGGAUGGCAGCGACGCGCCCGCGCGGCGUCCGCGCUACCCCCGCCCGGCGCCGUCCCAACCGACUGGCGCCCCGCCGACCCACCCGAGGCUUCGAAGACCAAGCCCCUAGAUCUCUUCUACACUCGGGUGUCCGCCGCGCUUCGCGCCGCGGGGGUGACCACCGCCGCGAAGCGCCGCGAGUGGCCCGCGGACGUGCUGCGCGACACGGUGGAGCGGAUGCGCGCCGAGGUUCCGCAGGAUUUUCUCCACCGCGAGCUGUGGUGCGGCGCGCCGACGUCGGCGGCGUGGCUUUUAAAAUCGAUGCGUCACGCGAGGUCGGUGGCGACGGCGUCCGUGGUGGGCCACCUCGUCGGCCUGGGGGACCGGCACCUGGACAACGUCCUCGUCAACCUCGCCACCGGCGACGUCGUCCACAUCGAUUACAACGUCUCGUUUGACCGCGGUUUGACGUUGCCGGUGCCGGAGGUUGUCCCGUUUCGUCUCACCCCCGUCUCCGUCGCCGCGUUUGGACCGACGGAGACGCACGGACCGUUCAGAUGCGCCGCGGAAACGGCGCUGGCGGCGCUCAGGAGACCGCCCGCGAGGCAGGCGCUGCUCGGCGCGCUCGAGCUGCUGACGAGGGAACCGCUGACGGACUGGAUCGAUGACGGCGCCGGUGCCGGUCCGACGGCGCGCGGGCCGGGGAGGAAGCACGCGAGGAGGGGUGACCUGGCGAGGGAGCACCAAGCCUUAGACAUCGCCGCGGGCCUCGAAUCGUUCGCCGCGAAGAUUCGUGAAUCCGCGCUGGCACCCCAAGCGGGCUCCGUAUGCGGCUUUCCUUCGGAAUUCUUCGAGCUCGCUCGCGAAGUCGACGGGAUUCUCGCGGAGCUGCGGGGACGCGCCGCGGAGGACGGCGCCGCGGUCAUCGCGGCGGCGGAGGCGGCGGAAGCGGCGGAGGCGGCGAGGUUGGACGCGCGGGACGCGGCGGCGGAGGCGGCGCAGGCUUCGGACGCCGAGGAGUUCUCCACGGCUGGCGUCUCCGUUUCCAACCUCGACGACGCGAUUCGGAAUUUGUCGGAACACGCGGCGGACGCCAGGUCUUGGUCCGACAGGCACGGGCGAGCGCUCGACCGACUGGCGCCCGCCGCGAAGGUGCUGUCCGAGCUACGGAACAGGACGACGACGACCGCGAACGACGGCGGGGCGCCCAUGCUCCGCGCGGCGGCGUUAACGGCGUCGUUGGCGCUCAGCAACGAGCUCCAAGAGGCGGCUUCGAAAAUCGACGUCGAGGGCGUCGGGCUCCUCGCCGCCCGCGACGAGGCGACGGACGCCGCCGCCGCCGCGCUCGAGCGAUACAACGCGUGGGUGACGUCUAACCUGCCCCCGUCGUACCCGGAAUCCGAUCGACGCGCGGUGUGGGCCAAGGCGCUCGAGGAGGCGCGAGACGUGUCAGUCCGGGGUCCCUCCGGGCUCUGUCCGGGCUCUAUCCGCGACGCCGUCGAAACGUUCCGUCGGCUCAUCGACGGCGCGAGUGCUCCGGACGAAUCCGGAGCCAUCUCGUGGGCGCGAUACUGCGCGGCGACGGGCGCUUGGCACGAACGCGAGUCGAGGACGCUGCCGGCACUUCGAUACCAAGCUGUUAUAGCAGCGAAGGAGUGCAAGCGUCACGCCGCCGCGGGCGCGCGCCGGUGGGACCAGAGCUUCGGGCAAACCGUGGAUCGCGUGUUUCGCGAGAUGCGCUCUGAUGAGAUGGAGGGGACCCGGGAGAGGCCGGCGCUGAGCUGGCUCGUCGAGUACGCCUCGCGCGCGCCCGUUCGCGCCGGGAGGGCGGAUGACUCGAGGAUGGCGGUGACUCACCGGGCGGUGACUCACCGGGCGACGGAACCCCCGCCGGGAUCGAGCGAGCCGUCUGCGGAGCCCCGGGCGUCGUUUGCGCUCUCGUCCUCCUUGGGGUUCUUCGGUGACAUGGGGGGCGACGGCGAGGAGCUGGGCGGCCUCAGCGACGGGGACGACGACGGUUCGCUCGAGAAUGAAAUGUCCAACCUUCGCGUCGAGGAGGAUCUCGACAUCGAGGAGUUGAUGCGCGACGGCGGCGACUCUCAGGCGCCCGAACCUCGAACCGACCGUUACGACGACCGUUACGACGACGACGACGCGAGCGUUGGGACCCUCGAGGAGCGCAUCGCCGCCAUGCCACGCCGCGAAAGAUCCGCGGUGCUCGCGGCGGCGGUGUACGGCGCCUUCAACUCGGACGAUUACCGCAAAAUCAUCCGUUCGCAGCCGGCGAGUUAUCACGAGUUACCCCCGGCCGCGUUCAUCGAUUCGGUGAUGGACGCGGCGACGCUGCCGCACAGGGUGAUGAAGCACGUCCUCCCCGUCGUUCUCGACCCGCGCGCGGUCGAUCCGAUGCGAAGUAUGCGCAUCGUGGAGGCUGCCCGCGCGGCGCAGGCCCUGGAGCGACGAGCGUUUGACCCGAAUGACGGGGCACCGCGUUUGAUUGAUGAGCGUAUGGCCCUUAGGAGGGAGUGCGGGCAGUUGGCUGUUGAGUUGCGAGCGCUGGUGAAGUCUCUCGCCGAGGACGCGCCGAUGCUCUCCGAGGCGCUUCUGACGCACGUGUGCCGUGAUACCCUGUUGUUUCCGGGGGGUAAGACGGAAUUCGGCUCACCCGAAAAUGCUCACCCGAUGUAUUCCGUAAAGGCGCUCUCCAAGCUCGUCACCCGCGUGCUCGCCGCCCACGGCGCGCACGUUUCCGGGGAUUUGAGGGAGGAGAACAUCGUCAACGGGGAACACGACAUCGGGGGCAAGCAGGAGAUCGUCGUCGCGACCGUCUUGAAAGAGGCUGAGGAAGCAGCGGACGUCAUCGACACGUGGAUCGUACAGGAAAGUCUCGAAGAAACCGUCGCGAGAGUCACGUAUGACCUCGUCAACUCUACCGACGGCGUCUUUAUCGAAACCCCUAAACCCGAGCAGGAGAGGGUGUACGAGGCCACGAAGGACGAGGACGCCAUGGCAACCGCGAUGCUCGACGCCGCGCUCAAGGCGAUGUGCGAGAUUCGUCGCUCCCGCGCCGAAGCCGACUUGGCGCGAUGCGAGCUCACGCACGCCGCGUCCGACGCGGCGAUUUCGCGCGCCGAGUGGCUCCUGGAGUCCCGGCUGGAGCGGGGCUCGAUGGGGAGAUGGGGCGUCGAGGCUGACCCGGCGCGGUCGAGGCGUUGGAGGUCUAAACACCUGGACGACGUCGCGACGGCGGGCGCGGAGCUCACGUCGGCUGACAUCGCCGUCAGGGACUGGUCUCGGAGGGCGGCGGCGGUGGAACGGUCCGUGGUUGAAUUUUUCCAGUUUGGAAGCACCGAUGCCGACCGGAUGGAUACGUUCAAUCGCGUUCUGGAGGAUCGCGUCCGCGCGCUGCGGGAUUCCGAUCAGCGCGCGGCGACGUGUCGACAGCUGUGCGAGGGCGUCGAGUCGUUUGAGCGGUGCAGGGAACCCGAGCGGGAAGCCGCCGCCGAGUCCGACCUCCUCCCCGAGGGCUUCCUCGACUUUUCGUUCGACGCGGCGCUGGACGAGGACGACGUGACGGGAGACGUCGUCGAGCGCGGAGACGACCUACCUAAGUUGGCGGCGUCUGGGAUCGCCAGGAACCCGUUCAAACGCAGGGGCGACGAAAAGAGGGAGAUCGUUCCCGAGGAGAGGGAGCGAAAGCCCGAAAGGUCCAAAAAGUCCAACCGAGACGUCGCCGGCGGCAGAUGGGAGAAGACGUACGAGUUGGCCAUCGAGGAGGUCAUCUUGGCGUGCGAGGAGGUUUUGGAGACGGCGGAGCUGACGUCGGCGGCGGGACCCGAGGCGGAGGAGGCGGCGGUGGCUCGCGCCGAGGCCAAAGCGAAGGCUGAGAGGGCCCGGGAACUGGCGAGAUUGGCGGAUGAGAAGAGUCGCGCCGUCGUCGACGACGUCGGCGUCGUCGCUUUUGUCGAACCGAGAUCGCGCACCCGGGAGCUCCUCGAGGAACUUCGCGAGGCGAUGAUAAGGUACCGAAGUUGCCGAGGAAUCGACGUUGGCGAGGAGUUUGAAAUGUUGCAGUUCGUCGCGGAGACCGGGCAGCACCUCGAGGGGCUCAACGCCGUCUUCGCCAAGGCACCCGCGGACCUGGCGGAGGCGUGCGACGUGGAGAACGCUGAGCACUUCGCCGGCGCGGCGUCGGACCUCCUCCGGGAGUUCGAGGACCGACUCGCGGAGAUGGACGCGUUGGCUAAAAAGGCUCGUCAAGUCGCGGAUGAAGCCCUACGCGGAGCGAAACCCGGCAAACUCGUCGCGAAACCCGGCAAACUCGUCGAGCAUUCGCCGCAGUUUGUCGACGCCGUGCGCUGGCUCGCGCUCGCCGGCGCGGACGUCAAACGCGGCGAGGCCCUGCGCGACACCGCGACCGCGCUCCGCGAUACCCUGACGCGCGCGCAGGAGACGGCGAGGAACGUCUCGAUCGCCAUCAAGGAACACACGGGCCUCGGCCUCACCGCGAUGUCGACCCGGGACGACGACGCCGAGAAACCGACGCGUAAGAUGAAACAACCCGUCGACUCGUCCGACGACGACGACGACGUCGCAUCCGCGACGACGACGACCGUUACGACGACCGUUACGACGACGACGACGAUCGCGGCGAACGAGCGCCGCCGCGGCUCCGCGCCCCGUCGCUGGCGCGGCGGUCGUCACCCGACGGCCGUUCGCCUCAUCUCCGUCGUCGCGGCCAAGCUGGCGGGUCGACCCAAGCUCGUCGAGGCGCUCAGGCGCAACGCGCUGGCCUCCGUACCGCCGACGGUUCCGUCCCCGCCGGGCGGCGAGGACGCUUUGGCGGCGGCGGCGAUCGCGGAGACUCCGCUGACGGCGAAGGAGGACGUCGACAGGUUGGUGGCGCAGGCGACGGAUCCGCGCGCGCUCGCGUCCAUGUACGAGGGCUGGUGCCCGUGGCUGUAG